AUGACAAAUAAUGUAGAAGAUGCAGAUAUUCUUCCAAAUGAAUUUGAGGACAAGUCUUGUUUUAAAAAAGACUGCAGAGUCCUGCUUGAGAGACUGGAGACAAGGUCUUCACCGUCGAGACCCGUGAGACGAAAUAGGGGCCUGAAGAUGAAAAUGAUUCUGAUGCAGGAGAAAAGAGGACUUCGUAAAAAAAACCCUGCCUGCAAAAUUGCAUCCCCAUUGCAAGCAGCAGCCUUGGAGUCGAGCAACAUAACUAAUACAUCCCCAUCCAGCAAGUCCAUUCUACCAGGCAUUGAAACUAAACCAGCGAGUGGGUCUCCUCUUCUGGUGUCUAAUGAUGAGGACUCAGUCAGUUCGUACAAGGACCCUUCUUAUAUCGCUCCUACAGAGUUCAGUGAGGAUGAGUCCUUUUCCAACAGUUCAGAUGAGGAGCCUUGUGAGAUGGGGCCCAGCGAUAAUAAUGACGUAUCGGUCUCUGAAAUGCAAUGCAAUUCCAAUGUCAAACUUGCGAGAAAACCCCACUAUGUAACACAGAGGGGCCGAUGUUGCAUUUGCAAGGAGCAUGUGAAGGGUGGCAUAAUGGACCACAUGAAGGUGCACUUUCCGGACGGUGAGUACACUUGUCCCCGAUGUGACACAAAGUUCACCAUCUUGUCCUCCCUGAAGUUGCAUUUAAGAAGAACUUGCUACGACCAGCAGCAGGUGGAUCCAGGGGAGGCAGGGGAGGCCAAGAGUCUUUUCAAGUGCAAUGAAUGUGAAAAAGCCUUCAGGUACAAACUAUCACUGGAUGAGCACAAACGGACCCAUAAUGAGCUCUAUUGUGAGGUGUGCAGAAAGGUGUUACAGGAUUCGGAAACAUUAGAGAGGCAUAAGGCUUCUCACACCCUGUUCAAGUGUACCCUGUGCGAGGAGAACUUCCGACUUUACAAGCCCUUGGCAAGGCACUAUGAAAACAUACACAAGCUCAGCAGACCAUACAAAUGCAACCAUUGUCCAAAGAGUUUCUCCAAGCUGCGCUUUUUCAUAUGGCACGAGUGGAGGCAUACGGGUCAGCUGCCAUUCCAGUGUUGGCACUGUUCUCAGAGAUUCAAAACCGACGCAGAUCUGGUUUCUCAUCUGAGGGUGCACACACGGGAGAAACCGUUCCUCUGUGCCGACUGUGGCAAGGCAUUCUCCUCUCGCUCCAACCUGAGGCGCCACUUGAACUUCGUCCACAGCCAGGCCCAGAACGAGAGGCGGUUUUCUUGCUCCCAGUGUGAGAAGUCCUUCAAGGAGAAGGGAGCCCUGAAGAAACAUGAGAAAACCAAACACUUGCAUGAGUUGUUCUUUCACCCAUGCCUAUAUUGUGGGAAGCUUUUCUCCUCAUCGGCGAUGGGCAGACAUAAACUGAUCCACACAGGAGAGAAACCUUUCAAAUGUAAAGUGCCCGAAUGUGACAAGUACUUCAGGUCAACUACAGAAGUGAAAAGGCACAUCAUGCAACAUCACAGCUCAGAACGGCCAUUCAAGUGCGAAGUCUGCGAGAAGGGUUUUGUAAGAGCCUGUCUACUGACAACACACAUGCAAGUACACUCAGGAGAGAAACCAUAUGUUUGCUCCAUAUGUGGCAAAGCCUUUCCACAGCUCUACAGCAUGAAAAGGCACAAAAAGCUUGUGCAUACAUUCGUAGCAUAGUAGCCGUGCCAUCAAAGAAGACCAAAGCUGUUAGAAUGUGCCAGAGAUUUGGGGGCGCCCCGGUGGCUCCCCUGGUAGAGCGCGUCCCCCAUAAGGCUGAGUCCUUACCACAGCGGCCUGGGUUCGAAUCCCUCGAGGCCCCUUGCUGCAUGUCAUCCCCUCUCUCUCCCCCCUGCAUUUCCUGUCUCUCUCCCUCUCUCUCUCUCUUGACUAUCACUAUCAUAUAAAGGCAGUAAUUGCCAAUAGAAAAUUGCCAGAGAUUUGAAAGCUGCUGUCAUAAUCUACAGCUGGAGUUAACACCACAUGCAAGCUAGCACCAUGCUUGACCACUCAACAAACUGCUCGGCUUUAUGUUUACAACCGGGCUGAGACUAGAGCAAAGACCUUUUGUCUUUUUUUCAGUGUGUGCUUCUUAUGUCCCAUAAUGCAUUGUACAUGGUCUUCUCUCUGUUUUAUGUCGUAUGCAUUAAGUGUUAAGAUUGAUGAGAGGAAAAUAUUAUUCUCAUAAAAGGCAGUUAAU